AUGGUUAAAGUCCCCUGCCAGGAUGAGAAAAGAAAUUAUGAAAAGAAUUAUGAAUUUAAAGGAAUGUUUAAGCCUCCAGGUCUGAGUCUGGUGAGGAAAUCUAUCAUCAAGCUCUUGGAUGGGAAGCGUUCACAGGCUGUGGGAAUCUUAAUAUCCAGCCUCCACCUGGAGAUGAAGGACAUUCAGCAGGCUGUUCUGACGGUGGAUCAUUCGGUCGUGGAUCUGGAGACCAUUGAAGCUUUAUAUGAAAAUAGAGCUCAGCCUGACGAACUGGAGAAGAUCAAGAAGCAUUACGAGUCGUCUAAAGAAGAUGAGCUGAAACUGCUGGAUAAACCUGAACAAUUCCUGUAUGAGCUGUCACAGAUCCCGGAUUUCGCCGGUCGCUCUCACUGCAUCAUCUUCCAGUCUGUGUUUGUGGACUCCAUUUCCUCUGUCUGUCGUAAGGUGGAGAUCAUCUCCACGGUCUGCAAGGUUUUUCUUGAUAAUGACAGUGUGAAGGAUGUGAUCGGUGUAAUUCUGGCCUUCGGGAACUACAUGAAUGGUGGAAACCGAACCCGUGGACAAGCGGAUGGAUUUGGACUGGAGAUUCUGCCUAAAUUAAAAGACGUCAAGAGCAGGGACAAUCGUAUGAGUCUGGUGGAUUAUGUGGUUUCAUACUACCUGCGAAACAUGGACGAGAAUGCAGGCACAGAUAAGAGUGUUUUUCCGCUGCCUGAACCUCAGGAUCUCUUCCACGCCGCACAGGUCAAGUUUGAAGAUCUGGCAAAAGAUCUUCGCAAGUUAAAGAAAGAGCUGACAGCGUGUGUGAAGGAGGUUGAGCAGGUGUGUGAAAACUCCUCAGAUGAACAUCUACAGCCGUUCAAAGACAAGAUGGAGACCUUCAUCAGCACUGGUGAGUCUCAGAAAGGUUGUUAUUUGAAAAUGAAAUGUGAAAGAGAUAUGCUUUAAAGGUGCAGUGUGUAA